CCAGUAUCAGUCGUAGCCCCGUCCUAAAGCCCCGUUUGAAGGAUCCAUUGAAGAUCACCCUGAUCAAAGGCAGCUUCUGUAGUCUUGUAUGAAUGUGAGAGGAUGCAUAAGACUGUCCAAGGGUCUGAUCAAAGCGUGCACUGACCCGAGACACCAGUCAACGUCAGGUAUCCAUGAGGACAGAACAGGAAGGAGAUCGAAGCGGUCAAUACCUUACACACUAUGUGUUCUGCGUAGAGAAUAAACCCUUGUGCUUGCGUUCGGCCUCUCAGUCCUGUCCCGCUGUGUUCUGCCAUUCAAGCAUGGGGCACAUUGUGGAUUUACCUUUGCGAAGGAUGUGGCUCUUGGCUGCUCUGCUGGUCCUGUCCCAGUUCACGAGCAGCCUGGGCAUCCACAUGGAUUCGGUGGGCAGUCACAGCAUGUUCACCUGCGAGUCAAUCGGCCUCCGAAUGUGCCAGGAUCUUCCCUACAACACCACCUUCAUGCCCAACCUCCUCAACCACUACGACCAGCAGACCGCCGCUCUGGCGAUGGAGCCCUUCCACCCCAUGGUGAACCUGCAGUGCUCUCCAGACCUCAGGCCGUUCCUGUGUGCCCUGUAUGCGCCCGUGUGUAUGGAGUAUGGACGCGUGUCUCUGCCAUGCCGGAGCCUGUGCACGCAUGCUAAGAGAGACUGCCAGAAGCUCAUGGACAUGUUUGGAGUCACCUGGCCCGAGGAGAUGGAGUGCAGCAGGUUCCCAGACUGCGAUGAGUCUUACCCUCGUGAUGUAGAUCUGCUCGUGAACGAGGACCCCACUGACCAGUCGUCCAUGUCCGUUCAGCGUGACUAUGGUUUCUGGUGCCCACGGGAGCUCAAAGUGGAGCCUGAGCUCGGCUACACGUUUCUAGGUGUGCGCGACUGCUCCCCUCCCUGUCCCAACAUGUACUUCCGCCGCACCUUCGCCACCUUCGCCCGCUACUUCAUUGGCGUUGUCUCCAUCGUCUGCCUCUCCGCCACGCUCUUCACCUUCCUCACCUUCCUCAUCGACGUCACGCGCUUCCGCUACCCAGAGCGGCCCAUCAUCUUCUACGCCGUCUGCUACAUGAUGGUGUCGCUUGUGUUUUUCUUGGGCUUUCUGCUGGAGGAUCGCGUAGCGUGUAACGCAGCCAAUCCCAGCCAGUACAAAACGUCCACAGUGACUCAAGGCUCGCAUAACAAGGCCUGCACGCUGCUUUUUAUGGUGCUGUACUUCUUUACCAUGGCGGGAAGUGUUUGGUGGGUCAUCCUUACCAUCACCUGGUUCUUAGCUGCUGUUCCCAAAUGGGGCAGCGAAGCCAUCGAGAAGAAGGCUUUGCUGUUCCAUGCCAGCGCUUGGGGGAUACCUGGCAUGCUAACCAUAACCCUGCUGGCUCUGAAUAAGAUCGAGGGCGAUAACAUCAGCGGCGUGUGUUUCGUGGGCCUGUAUGACGUUCACACUCUCCGCUGGUUCGUGCUGGCGCCGCUGUGUCUGGACGUCCUGGUGGGAGUGUCGCUGCUGCUGGCCGGGAUCGUAGCGCUCAACAGGGUCCGAAUGGAGAUUCCUCUGGAGAAGGAGAAUCAGGACAAGCUGGUGAAGUUCAUGAUCCGGAUCGGCGUGUUCUCGGUGCUGUAUCUGGUGCCGCUGCUGGCCGUGGUGGGCUGUUACCUGUACGAACAGACGCACCGCUCCGUUUGGGAGACCACAUGGGUGCAGGAGCGCUGCAGAGACUACCACAUACCCUGCCCUUUCCAGGUAACAUCAACACAAAAACAUACUUUUUUACAUUUAAAUUCUGCAUUUAAAAAAUCAAAAACUACUAACUUCUUCCACGGCCGCAGGCGGAAAGACAGCGGCGCGGUGAACGAGAGCCGGCAGGUUCUGCAGGAGCCAGACUUUGCUCAGUCUCUGCUGCGAGACCCAAACACUCCCAUCAUCCGUAAAUCCCGCGGGACGUCCACUCAGGGCACGUCCACCCACGCCUCCUCCACACACCUGGCCAUGCUGGACGACGUGCGGAGCAAAGCCAGCAGCGUCCACAGCAAGAUGAGCAGCUAUCAUGGCAGCCUGCAUCGCUCCAGAGACGGCAGGUUGACCCCCUCCAGCCACAGAGGCAUGGAGGAACGCCCGGCGUACGGGAGCAUGCCGCGACUCAACGAGCAGCUCUCCCGUCACAGCAGCCUUCACUGCCUCGACAGCCAGUCCAGACACGGCAGCGCCCGAGACCUGAGCAACGCACCGGCCGCUAGCAUCACGCACGGAUCCAGUAUGAACUGCGUGGUGGAGGACGACGGGACAAGUGCGUAACCCAGAGACUAGCCUCCUCAUACUGAAACGAGAGGCGUAGGAGAGUCCCUGUUCCGGAGCCGCUAAUGGACAGACAUGCGUAUUUGGCAGCAGAAGGGGAAUCAGAAACUCGAUGCAUGUGUGUUGACAGGGCUGUCCUCAGGAUUUGUCCCAUUAGUGGCGCACCUGAGUAACAAGAGAUGUUUUCUUUGAUACUGUGAAGAUCUGCUGGAUGAAGUUUACUGCAUGUGAUAAAGCAGCGUCAGGACGGGCCGCAGCUGUCCGAUGGGAGAUUUUUUCCCAUUACAUCCAUCACACAACCCAGUUUAAAGAGUUAAAGGAUCACCGACGCUUAAAGAUUGAUGACUGUCCCAUUAGAGAUCAGAUUUCAAUCCCUCUAAAGCCGAAGGAUGGUUCAAAGAGAGGGAGGAUCAGCAGUUCUGUGCCUCUGGCAAGCUAUAUUUCGUUUCUGGUGGUAGUUUGGUUGAGAAGGCAUGGAUAAAUGACGUACCAGAAUCCUCACCAACACCUGAUGUGCUUUUGUUCGGCCGCUUGACGGCUGCCUACCUCAUCACAUCGUAUCGCUCUGACCUGUAUUUCCUUCCCACACUCGUGUCGCAUUACAGAGCUAAAAUGGGCUGCAAAUGUUGACUUUCAGAAAAUCUUGCACGUCGAUGCUUUUCCGCCCAUGUGUACAGGAGUCUUACGCUUUGUAAAUGGUGCUUCUUAUGUUGCUUCAUGAAUAUUUCAGCAGGCCAUUUCUACAUGUGCUCUACUCUGGCCAGAGCUCGUACACAAAACGCCUAGCAUGUUGAAUUUUCAUGAAUCGUGCUCUGCUUCACGACCCGCUUUAAGAGUGAAGUUGAGUGUUUUUGUUUACAUGUUGGAUGAGAUUGGUACUCAGUGCCUAAACAUGUGACUUUGGACCUGAGCUUUGUAAAAGCUGUUUUUCUGAUCGCUGUUACUGCUUCUGCUGUACCUUUGCCUUCGGUUUCCCGAGUACACUUGAUUUUCAUGCUCUAUUCUUCUGUCCACUUUUCUAAUGAGGAACGAUAUAGCACUUUAACCGUGGCUAUCUGUUGAAUGUGUAGACAUUAAAUCCAUUCAUAGUGUCAUGCAAGAUUUCAAAUAA